AGACCAUCACGUCAGAGACUAUCAUAUCAACUAACCAUUAAUAAUUCUUCUAGUGUUAACAAUAACUUGCAAAAUAGAAAUCUUGUUCGUGUUCCUUUGUCCAACCCUGCCUCUCCAAACGCUUCCGCACUCUCGUGGUCACUCACGUCGAAAACCACUAAUGAUACGGCCUCAGCCCAUUUAACAAAAAAGUCAGAUAACAGCCUCAGUACCCUUCCAGGUCUCAAACUGGUCCACCUAAACAUCCGCUCUCUGAAAAAUAACGCCCAUUUUUUAGAAUUACGUAAGUUUACCAAAUUUAACAAAAUUGACGUCCUUACAGUAUCAGAGACAUGGUUAAAUACCUCCGUCACAAACAAGGAAAUAGAAAUCGAAGGUUAUAAGCUACAUCGUUUAGACCGACUGCACAAGAAAGGGGGCGGGGUAUGUGCUUACAUACGAAAAGAUAUUAAAUCUCUUGUACUUAAAGACCUCAGUUAUAUCUCCGAGACGAAUUUCCAUCAAUUAUGGAUCAAAUUACAGCACAAAAAAUCUAAAUCACUGUUGGUCUGUGUCUCUUAUCGACCCCCAGACAGCCCGCUUGACUGCUUCGAAAAAUAUUUUAAACCUAAUUAUGUUCAUGCUCUGACGAUGGGAAAGUUGAUCAUUCUUCUUGGAGACCUAAACUGCGAUAUGCUUAAGCCCACACCUGGAUCAGCGUCUUUGAUCAAGACGACAAAAGAACUCAACCUUAACCAGUUAAUAAAAUCACCAACAAGAAUUACUGAAUCCAGUCAGACCCUCGUCGACGUUAUUUUCGUAUCCUCGCCAAGACUAGUAGUCAACAGCGGCGUCAUAGAAACCUGUAUCAGCGAUCAUUUCCCUGUGUAUGUAUCACUAAAACUUAAAACCGACAAAUCUCCACCAAACUAUAUCACUACCCGCAGCUACAAUAAAUACGACCCUGAUUUGUUCGCGAUCGAUCUGGCAUCCAACCGUGAUCGUCUUGUUUCCAUUUUCAGAAUGGACAAUGUUGAUGAAAAACUAACCAUUUUUAAUGAAAUAUUUUUAAAUACAUUGGAUAAACACGCCCCAGUAAAGACCAUAAAAGUACGCGGAAAAUCUUGCCCAUUUAUCACCCCGGAAAUAAAAGCAUCCAUGAUCAAAAGAGACCAGCUCCACAGUCUUUUCAGGAAAACACGUGAUCAUUAUGAUUGGCUUAAUUUCAGAGAGGCCCGCAAUUUUACAAAAACCGCACUUGUUAAUGCACAGAAAGAAUAUGUACUGAAGGAAGUUCAGCAACACAGAAACAAUACUGGGUCACUUUGGAAGGUAAUUAAAGAAAAUAUAGCGUAUAGGGAAAGAGAGUCAGUGGUCUACAGUAAGGAACCGAAAUUAGUGGCCGAAGAGUUUAAUCAUUUCUUUUCCACCAUCGGUGUGAAUGCAGCAAAGAAAGCCUCAACACUAAUACAAGAUCCUAGUGUUUAUCCAGCUCGGAAUCUUUCUGACGUAAAUCGCACAGAUAACAGCUACCCUGAAGAAAAUGAUAGAUUUAGUUUCACCCCAGUCUCUUGUUCAGAAAUAAGGAACAUCAUAUUAGCUAUGCCGUCAAACAAAUCACCCGGCAAAGACAAAGUGAGUAUGCGUGUCAUCAAACACAGCCUACCGGUAAUUCUUGGGCCCCUCACCGAUAUCAUUAGUUGCUCACUGUCGUCAUCUUCGUUCCCUAUAGCAUGGAAAGAGGCAGAAGUUAUCCCUUUGUUAAAGGAUGGAAACCACGAAGAAGCAUCAAAUAACCGCCCACUUUCUCUCCUUACCUUUCUUUCGAAAAUUUGUGAAAAAGUCGCCUUGAAUCAAUUUGGUUCGUAUCUAAUGAAGAACAAAAAAUUGUCAACCCACCAGAGCGGGAACAAGAAACAUCCCUCAUGCGAAACAUUGAAUCUUUUGACCGGAGAUACUAUCCUAAAGGCCAUGGAUGGGAAAUUGGUUACUGCACUGAUUCUAAUAGAUCUAUCUAAAGCUUUCGACAGUGUAAAUCCUACUUUUCUCCUUACAAAACUUAGCAACGUCGGGGCUUCUCCAAGCGUUGUAAAAUGGUUUGAGAGUUACUUGACCGGAAGAACUCAAUCAGUCAGAAUUGGAUCAACUGUGUCUACUCCUCUCCCUGUUUCUUAUGGUGUACCACAGGGUGCAAUUUUAUCACCUUUACUUUUUAGUAUUUAUACUAACGAUCUGCCCUCAUCAGUCCACCAUAGUAAACUUGAAUCGUAC